AUGUACGCAGUGGAACUUGUUUUUAACUUUCUGCCGAAGAUUUUCAUAGUAGCAACACAAUAUCACUUUUCAAAUCCGCAGAAACACAAAUACACAGGUAUCUCGUCGACAGUUAAAAGUCAAAACAAUCCUGUCAGCAGAACUAGAAGCAGGACGCCAUUAAUUAAGGAUCAGAUUACCACAUAUGAAGCUAUCGUGCGCGGUCUUCAAUGGUGUUGCGUCCCCGGAUCUUCGGUUUCUGUUGAACGACUUUUCAGUCGACUUUGUGUAAUUUAUGGCAACAAGCGAAGAGGGCGGCUUCUCCCUUCCAUUGUGGAAGAUUUGGUGAAAGUGUACGACACUGAUCAACAACUGAUUACCUCUCCGCGUUUUCCAACUCGCUACACGCAAAAGUACGCGGAACGAAUGUGUGAAGAGGGUCGUCUUGAUGCUUCUGUCUUCGCGGACUACACUUCGCCUCGAUCAAAGUUA